ACCACCCACCGGCCACCACCCUCCGCGCUUGCCUAGUUGCCUUGACUGCCUGCCUCGUCUUACCACCAAGCUAAGCUAGCGCGUUCCUUCCUUUUUUCCUCCCUCGCUUCCUGUUGCUCGGUCCAUGGAGGUGGCGGCGGCCGCGACGGCGGGCGCGGGGGUUGUGGAGCUGCAGCUCGACCUACUCGAGGCGGCGGCGCCGACGGAGCGAGAGGCCAAGAGGCGCCGGGUGCACCCGGUUCCAGCGGGCCCACCGGCCGGGGCAGCAGCGCCGGGACGCCGCAGCUGCAGCCGCAGGCGCCGCGCCGUGCAGCGUCUCUUCCAGGCCUGCCGCCACGUCUUCCGGGGCCCCGGCACCGUGCCCAGUCCCGGCGAGGUCCAGCUGCUCCGCCACAUGCUCGACAGGAUGCGGCCGGAGGACGUGGGCCUGAGCCCGGACCUGAGCUUCUUCAGGGCUCGAGACGCCACACGUGGCGGUGGCACCCCGACCAUAACGCACACGACGAUAUACAAAUGCCCGAAUUUCUCGAUGGUCAUCCUCUUCCUGCCGCGAAACGCGGUGAUCCCGCUCCACAACCACCCUGGGAUGACGGUGUUCAGCAAGCUGCUCCUGGGGUCGAUGCACGUCAAGUCGUACGACUGGCUCAACACUGCUGACCCCGAUCCUUCUUCCGCCACGAGCACCACCAGCUCUUCGUCCUCCGAUGGCCCAUGCCUGAGGCUGGCAGAACUGGUGGUGGACGACGUCUUCACGGCGCCGUGCGACACCUCCGUGCUGUACCCGACGGCGGGAGGGAACAUGCACCGGUUCACCGCCAUGGCGCCCUGCGCGAUCCUCGACGUCCUCGGGCCCCCCUACUCCAUAGAGGAGGACAGGGACUGCACGUACUACGCGGAAUUACCGUACGCACACCACUCGCUGGUGGCUGCGGGCGAGGACGUGGAGCGGGGCCAGGGCCAAGGCCAUCUGGCGUGGCUUGAGGAGAUCGACAUGCCGAGAGAGCUCAAGAUGUGCAGCGUCCACUAUGGUGGACCGCCGAUCUCCGACGAGUGACGUCGCCGGCCGUCUCCCUCACUGGUUGUACUAUGUCUAACUGAUCGCGGCAGAGCCGUGCCGCCGCCGUUGUGUAUAGCAGGCAGCAGCAAGCCAUAGGCUGUAGUUACACGAAGUCCCGAUCGAUUACAAUGUUUCUUGCUGGCCUGCAUCGUUGUUCUCUAGAUGCCCUUUCUUUCUUGUUAUUUUUGUUUCUACUACUACUACAAGUAGACGAUGUUUUGUCCUGAUGAUGAAUGAUACAGAUAAGUCAUAUAUAUCCACAUAUUUCAUUUUUGUCGUUUGGGCUA